AUGAAGGCGCACCCAAACACAAAAAACGGGUACUGGUUAAAGAAGUUGUCAAUGGAAACCAGAACAUAUUCGAUAUUGAUUUUGCCACUGUCGGCAUCCACGUCCAUUGUCAUAUCAGUGAGGCAUGGAAACAGAGUGAAGAUGUUAAAGGCGGUGAAUGAGAAAAAGGGUUUUGCUAAUGCGUUGGGAGAACGCGUUCGGAUUGCGGAGAGUGGUGGGUCUAUGGGGUUUCAGGGAGAGUGGAUAAGGAGAGAGAUGGAAUCCAUGGGAGGGAGAUUUUGCAGAGACACACGAUCGACAGUGGGGGACGCGCUUGGAGGGCGCGUGGGGGAGGUUGACGUCAACGCGCUUUUGGGUUGCCCUAACGCAAGGGAGGGCAUGACGGAAGAACUUGCUGUUUCUCUCUCUCUUGUUCUUAUCCAUCGCAUUGAAAAGCAGCACCAUCACCACACCACACCACACCUUGUUUUCAUAAAUACGGGUCUCACAGCCUCAGCCAUGAUGGAGCCUAUGGACAUCGUUGGGAAAGCCAAGGAAGACGCUUCGCUUCCUAAAGCAACAAUGACGAAAAUUAUCAAGGAGAUGUUGCCCCCGGACGUGCGUGUCGCCAGAGAUGCGCAGGAUUUGUUGAUCGAAUGUUGUGUCGAAUUUAUAAACCUUGUCUCAUCUGAGUCCAAUGAAGUCUGUAACAAAGAGGAAAGAAGGACAAUUGCACCGGAGCACGUGUUGAAGGCUUUAGGGGUUCUCGGAUUUGGAGACUACAUUGAGGAAGUUUAUGCAGCAUAUGAACAACACAAGCUGGAGACAAUGCAAGAUUCUUUGAAAGGUGCCAAGUGGAGCAGCAACAGGGCUGAAAUGACUGAGGAAGAAGCAUUGGCUGAGCAGCAAAGGAUGUUUGCAGAGGCACGUGCCAGAAUGAAUGGAGGAGCCAUUACUUCCAAGCAGCCAGACGCUGACCAAAGUUUAGAGAGCUAA